CGAUAUGGACUUUGAAUGGAGAUGUUAACGGCUCGUGGAUUCAAAUUUGAAAAUUUGAAAUCUCUCUCUCUCUCUCUCUCCCUCCCUCCGUACGCUCAUUUUAUUCCUUCUUUCAGGGACUUGUGUCACUCUGUGUGUGUUUGCGCCAUGGAAGAGCUUCAGAAUUUGGAUCCAGAAACAGCGUUUCUCGCCUCCAACCAGCAAACAGGAAAUGAGUGGGAACUCUUCAAGGAGAACGUUAAACCCUUGAAAAGAGGUCGUAAUAUUAGCCUCUUAAAUAACGCCCUCAAAUCCCAGUCCGAUACUCGCCUUCGAAAAUCUCUCCUUGAGAACCGAAGGAGGUUGAUCAAGGCGAUUGAUGAGUACCAAGGAGAUGAUCCUCUCCAACCGUGGCUUGAGUGCAUCAAAUGGGUUCAGGAGUCUUACCCCACUGGUGGAGACAGUUCAGGCAUUGUUGUAAUUUUGGAACAAUGUGUGCGUACUUUUUGGCACACAGACAUCUACAAGGAGGAUCUCCGUUACCUUAAAGUUUGGUUGGAAUAUGCAGAGAAUUGUGCUGAUGCUGAAGUGAUAUACAGUUUUCUCGAUGCAAAUAAAAUUGGGCAGACACAUUCUCUGUAUUAUACAUCAUAUGCUUUGCAUAUGGAAUCCAAAAAUAAAAUCAAAAGUGCAAAUGACAUCUUCAAUCUUGGCAUAUCGAGGUGAGUUCUCUGUCUGAAAUUUCAUUCACCC